AUGGGUGUCCCAGCGCUUUUCCGAUGGCUCUCUAACAAAUAUCCCAAGAUCAUCUCCCCGGUGAUCGAGGAACGGCCUCAAGAAGUGAAUGGAGAAGAAGUUCCGGUCGAUACCACGAGGCCGAACCCCAAUGGCGAAGAAAUGGAUAACCUCUAUCUGGACAUGAACGGCAUUGUCCAUCCUUGCACUCAUCCUGAGGGCAGGCCCCCGCCAGCUAAUGAGCAGGAAAUGAUGUUGGAGAUCUUCAAGUAUACCGAUCGGGUCGUCAACAUGGUCCGCCCGAGAAAGCUUCUCAUGAUCGCCAUUGAUGGUGUCGCUCCGAGAGCCAAGAUGAAUCAACAGCGUGCCCGUCGAUUCCGUUCCGCCCAGGAAGCUCGUGAGAAUGACGAAAAGAAGGAAGAGCUCCAAAAGAUGCUGGCCAAGCAGCAAGGCAAGAAAUCCAGCGACCAGGCCAUUCAGGAAGAGGUUGUUCAGAAGACAUGGGACAGCAAUGUCAUUACUCCCGGAACGCCGUUCAUGGACAUUCUUGCUGCUUCGUUGCGCUAUUGGAUCGCUUAUAAGCUCAACACUGACCCAGCUUGGGAGAAGCUGAAAAUCAUUAUUUCCGAUGCGACGGUUCCCGGAGAGGGAGAACAUAAGAUCAUGGAGUUUGUUCGUUCUCAGCGCGCAUCACCAGAGCAUGACCCUAACACCCGUCACGUAAUUUAUGGUCUUGAUGCCGAUCUUAUCAUGUUGGGUCUCGCAACCCAUGAGCCCCACUUCCGAGUUCUCCGUGAAGACGUUUUCUUCCAGGAGUCAAAGCCUCGGACAUGCAAGCUGUGCGGCCAGCCGGGACAUAAAGCCGAGGAAUGUACCGGUCGUGCCAAGGAGAAGAGCGGAGAGUUCGACGAGAAGCAACAUGCAUCUCCCCUAAAACCUUUUAUCUGGCUCCACGUUUCUGUUUUGCGAGAGUAUCUGGCUGUGGAGAUGCGAGUCCCCCAGCAGCCCUUCCCGUUUGACCUUGAAAGAGCUUUGGAUGACUGGGUGUUCAUGUGUUUCUUUGUUGGAAACGAUUUCCUUCCUCAUCUUCCUUCUCUAGACAUCCGCGAAAACGGCAUUGAUACAUUAAUUGCUAUCUGGCGCGAUAAUCUUCCAGCCAUGGGCGGUUAUCUGACAGAAGAUGGUCAUGUCGCUUUCCAGCGGGCCCAGCUUAUCUUGCAGGGCUUAGCCAAGCAAGAGGAUGCUAUUUUUCGACGCCGGAGACAAGCGGAAGAACGAAAGGCAGCAAACGAUAAGAGAAGGAAGGAGCAAGAACAAGCCCGCAAUGAAGAGCGGGCCAGAAAGCGCAGGCGGAGCUCUCCGACUUACGACUCUCCCAGCAAUAACCGGUCUCAGGCUGGUGGUGCCGAUGCCCCCCCUUUGGCCGCCGUUGAAUUAAUUACGCCUGGUCGUGGGCAUCUUUCCAAGGAGACACGAGAACUGACUCACAGCAUGGUUACUAGCCGUGGAGCUGUAUAUCGUGCUAACAUGGAAAAUAAGAGUGCCGCCGCUGUGCUCAAGAGCAAACUUAUGAAGGGCUCGGGAGAGGAGCCGACCGCCGAAGAAGCUUCAACUGGUCCUGAAAAUGAACAGUCAAUGAAUGAUAAUGCAGAGCAAACCUCUCCAUCUGUUCUUGGGAAGAGAAAGGCAGAUGAGAACGGAGGACAGGAGUCAGAAGAAGCCGGCACACCUGGCAGAGACUCACCUGCCGUGCCUCCUCCCAAACCUAAGGAUGACGACCUGCCACCAGAUACCGUCAAGCUCUGGGAACCCGGCUAUGCUGAUCGUUACUACGAGCAGAAGUUCGGGGUGGAUCCUGAGGACCACGAGUUCCGUCACAAGGUUGGCCGAGCUUAUGCCGAAGGUCUCGCCUGGGUUCUGCUUUACUAUUUCCAGGGUUGUCCUUCAUGGGAUUGGUAUUACCCCUACCACUAUGCCCCGUUUGCCGCUGAUUUCGUUGAUAUCGGUGACAUGGAAACCAAGUUUGAGAAGGGCAAACCCUUCAAACCCUUUGAACAACUGAUGGGGGUUCUGCCGGCGUCAUCCAACCACGCACUGCCCGAGAUUUUCCACGAUCUUAUGAGUAACCCGGAGAGCGAAAUUAUUGAUUUUUACCCCGAGGACUUUGCUCUGGAUUUAAAUGGCAAGAAAUUUGCCUGGCAAGGUGUGAUCCUGUUGCCCUUCAUUGAUGAGAAGCGUCUUCUUGCUGCGAUGGAGAAGAAAUACCCUCUCUUGACCGAGGAUGAGCGGAGUCGCAAUACUCAUGGUAAAGAGGUGCUGUUGUUGUCAGAGCAGCAUCCUCUCUAUCAAGACCUUGCUGCGAACUUCUAUUCCAAGAAGCCCGGGCCGCCGCAAUAUAAGUUGAACAUGCGCGUGAGUGACGGUUUAGGGGGUCUAGUGGAACGUUGCGAUACUUAUAUACCUCAUGGGUCCUUGGUUUCUCCACUUGAAGAGUAUGGCAUGCCGAGCCUUGAUGACGACCACUCCCUCACUGUAAACUAUAAGAUCCCGAAAUCUUCUCACAUUCAUAAGUCUAUGCUACUUCGCGGCGUGAAGUUUUCGACCCCGAUGCUCAAUUCGGCCGACAUCCGCGCAGUCCAGGGCCGAGCCCAAACCUCCGGGCGGGCAUUCGGAGGAGCCCCCUUGAAUGGCAGAGGACGAGGCGGACGUAUAGAGUAUUCCUCGGAUCGACCUAAUCCAUUCGCAGCGCACCUUGACCCGCGCUUCAUGUCUGGGCCGCCUGGCGGGAUGCCUGGUUGGGUCCCCCCAGCACCCGGGUCUGGUGACUAUUCUCGGGGGCCCCCUCCCCCGGCCCGUGGCGGCAUGUCCCACCAGUACCCCCCUCACCAGGGCUACCAGGGCCAACAACAUUCUGGUGACUACUAUGGCCAACAGGGUCAACACUACGGACAUCAAAACCGCCGUGGUGGCUAUCAGGAUCAAGGGAGAGGCGGUGGAGGCGGUUACCGGGGAGGCAGAUUCAGAGGCCAAAACCGCGAUCACAACUCUGGUGGACACCACGGUGGUGGCUAUGGUCGAUACUAG